AUGGUUAUAGUGGCGGUUAUGAUUGUGCUUACUAUCUCUCAGGAAAGUGGCGGACAGAAAACUAAGCCCAUGUGUCACAAAGUAACAUCCAGCAAUACCACACAGCCCACCAGUUCCAGCGUGACCCCCACUGUUGAACAACCUUCCAUUUUAACCUCUGAAUGGCCUAAUACACUUUCAUAUAACCUAACCUUCAUUGAUCAGCAAAAAAGCUGGGUUGAAGCUCUGCGUUAUUGUCAGGAUAAUCAUAAGACACUGGUGCACAUUCUGAACCCUACGGUGCAAAAACACGUCGCUCAGAUGCUUAAAGAUAAGAUCUAUCCGAAUGGGGUGUGGAUUGGGCUCGAGCGGAACAUGAUCGUUCCGUGGGCCCCGUGGCUGUGGACCGGUGGGCCCUAUGUGAACUAUUCUAGUUGGAAUUCUAACUUUCCAGUGGACCCCAUAUGUCAAUACUGUGGAAAACUGGUUGGCAAUGGAACUGAAUGGGUGGAUGCUUAUUGCAGUGAGGAACUCCCUUUUAUUUGCCAGGGUUAGAUCACUGGGGUGAGCUACUUCACAGGAGAAGGUUGUUUGUGAGAAGAUGGAAGACUGAUGGAGAUCCAUAUCAAAGUACACUGUAAUUCAGAUGUUUGACUAUGAAAACAUGCCAUAAACUGUGGGUCAUCCAGACUUAUACAAAUAUCCCAUCCUUUUUAAUGUAUUUUCUUUUUCUUAUUAAAUGAACCAAGUUAAAUUCUAGAUAAUUCUUUAAAUGCAC